GGAGGCUCAGAGCCAGCCCAUGGCAGCCUUGGACUGCCCAGACUCCCAAGAGGUGGCCAACACUCUGAGGCUCCUGGGGCAGCAGGGCCAGGAGCUGAAGGUUGUGUGGGAGCAGAGGCAGCAGUGGCUGCAAGAGGGGCUGGAGCUGCAGAAGUUUGGCCGAGAAGUGGAUGGUUUCACUGCCACCUGUGCCAACCACCAGGCCUGGCUGCACCUGGACAACCUUGGGGGUCAGAGAGCAGCUGCAGAGUGUCCAGGCACAGUGGACCAGGCUCCAGGGGAGGAGUGAGCAGAGGAGGAGGCAGCUGCUGGCUUCCCUCCAGCUCCAGGAGUGGAAGCAGGAUGUGGCAGAGCUGAUGCAGUGGAUGGAAGAGAAGGGGCUGAUGGCUGCGCAUGAGCCCUCCGGAGCGCGCAGAAACAUCCUGCAGACACUCAAGCGGCACGAAGCAGCUGAGAGUGAGCUACUCGCCACCCGCAGACACGUGGAGGCCCUGCAGCAGGUUGGGAGAGAGCUGUUGAGUAGGAGGCCCUGCGGCCGGGAGGACAUACAGACCAGGCUUCAAGGCCUUAGAAGCAAGUGGGAAGCUUUGAACCGCAAGAUGACUGAGCGUGGGGACGAGCUCCAGCAGGCUGGACAGCAGGAGCAACUCCUGAGGCAGCUGCAGGUGGUCAGCACCACUUGAGUCCCCCAGGGAAGAAGCGUCCCCAUCAGGUUUUACUGCCAAUGCACAGAAAACAGCGGGAGAACAGCACUGGUUGGCAACUUUAUACUCCUAGCGACUUCCAGAAACCGAAGCCGCCUCUAAGUAGAAGAAAUUGGUUUGUCGACUGCCUGCUGCCUUUUAAAAUAAAGUCACAAACUUAAAUGCUUUGUUCCAGCAUGUGGCUGCACUGUCUCAGGUCUCUAUGAGCAACUUCCAAGCCUGGACCUCCUGUAAAACUGCAGAUUCUGACUCUGUAGGUCCAGGAGGGGUGUGAGAAGCCACAUUCUAACAAGCUCCCAGGACAGCUGCUGCCACUGCCGGUCUAAGCGCCACACUGAAUAGCGAGACCUUAAGGCACUUCUGGUCUCUGUGCUUCCAGUUCUUCCGAGAAACUUGGCAUCCUGCAGCCGUUUUGGAGAGUCCAUGUGUGCCAGCUCUACCCGCUUUGAGAGCAGAACAAGCCAGGAAGCGCUGAGAGUGGGACUGGAAGGUAACUGAAUAAAACUGGUGACGGGGAGUUACGACGAAGCAACUAAGGGCACUGCUGUCGCCGACAGAAUCCCUCACCUUGACAUCGAGCUAGGGAGACGUGUUCAAAACCAGGGGAAGACUCUCAGGAACAUGAGGGGAGAAGCCAAGAUUUGUAAUCCCCGUGGCUGACUUCACUUUAGUUCUGAUCAAUAGCUAACACAUUGCACGGCUUAUUUAUUUCAAUAUGUAUGGAAGGGAGGAAGAUCGAAUGCCUUACACACAUAGGUAGGACAGCAUCAUCAUUGCUAUCAGCCGACGGCCAUGGGCCUACUGGGUGCCUACCGCCUCCUUGGCUCUCCCCAAGAUUCCGAACUGUGGGCCUAAUCCCAUCGAGGAGGAGCAGGCAGAGGCACUCAACAGAUGGGGGAAAAUUGCAAAUAUUUAUUUGUGAAGAUUUAUUUCUCUACUUUCCACUCCCGGGGCACAAUACCAGCAGCAGUCUGGCCCUGUGUCACCAGGACAGAAGAAGUCCCAUCUGCCUGGUUCCUUUCCCAGGUGCCACAUGGGGUAUGGGGCCUUCCCUGUCACCCUCUUCCCGCCCCCUGUCCAUCACACAGAUGGCCACCACUGCUUACCAAUGGAAGUGUCCAGAGAAAAGCAUCACCUAAAACUUCAAAGGACUGCUAAGUACUGGCUCAGACCUCCCAUGGAAAUUCCAUCCAAAGUCCAGGAAAGCACUUUCAUUUGCACAGUCUAUCUGCUAAAUUGUAUACAUCUGUUUGGCUGCUAAAUGAAAGAUAAAAUUUUUGGAGGCUUA